AAGGAAUUGUUUCGACUAUAAUUCUCAACAAUCAAGAUCUGUUAUAUCUCAGUCGGUAUUGUAAUGUGGUUAUCGAAAGGUCGAAGAAAUUAGUAGUAGUGGGAACGUUUCGAGUGUGAAAAAUGAUCAAACCUAUUUUCAGAAUGUUCGAGGGCAGUGGCCCUCAACUUUUAGCUGUCAUAGCAGGAACAAUUAACGCCUUGGCAGAUGGUAUGCAAUAUGGAUGGACAGCGCCAUCUAUACCAAUCCUAGAAUCAGCCGAUUCUCCAGUUCCUAUAACGUCGAAAGAUGGCGUCUGGUUGGAAUCCUUGUAUAUGCUGGGAGGAAUAGCUGGUCUUCCGUUUUCAAUUUAUCUUGUUGAUGCUAUUGGAAGGAAAAAGACGGUUCUUAUAUCCUCAGUGGUGGGCCUUUGUGGUUGGAUACUCAUUGGUGCUGGAACAAGUGUCAACCAUCUAUUCAUGGGAAGGUUUCUGUUAGGAAUGACGGCUGAUAUUGCAUUUAACGCAUCUCCAAUGUACAUAUCCGAGAUUGCGCAUCAGAAAAUUAGAGGCUUCCUAGCUGGAAUUAUAUAUCUUAUGAUGCUGUUUGGAAUUGUAGUUAUGUACUCGAUUGGACCUCUGGUAUCUAUACAAACAGCAGCGAUAGUUGGCGGAUCUAUACUCUUAUCCCAGUUCAUUAUCUUUCCGUUCAUGCCUGAAUCCCCUUACUACUUACUUUACGUGAAUAAAGAGGACAGUGCUAAACGUGCGUUGGAAAGACUCAGAGUAGACGAUGACGUGACGAAGGAACUGAUGGAAAUAAAGAAGGCAGUUGAAAGACAGAAAACCGAGAAAGGUAGACCACUUGAUCUCUUCUUGAUCAAAAGCAAUAGGAGAGCCUGCGUUAUUGUGAUGUUGCUGAACAAUACUCAGCACUUCGUGGGAAUAACUGUUCUCAUUAUGAAUCUGCACGAAAUCCUAAACCAUGCAGGUUCCGACCUAAUCAGCUCCUCGGCUGCUGGUAUAAUAUUUUCAUCCUUGAUGUUGAUUGCAGCAAGUGCUGCGACAUUCACAGUUGACAGAAUUGGCAGGAAAAUCCUUCUUUUAGUAUCAGGUUUACUUACAAGUAUUAGUUUAUUCACCAUUGCUGUGUACUUCCAUAUGCAGUCCAUGUUUCUUGAUUUGAAGAGUUUCAGCUGGAUUCCCAUGAUCUCAGUGAUGUUUUACGCUCUUACCUUCAAACUUGGCUUAGGAAUAGUGCCAAUAGUAACAACAGCUGAACUGUUUCCUGCAAGAGUUAAGGGAUGGGGUUUGGCUGUAUCAGAUUUGGUAUACGUUGUGUCAUCCUCUUUGUCAAUUUAUGUAUAUCAGUGGUUGAAUGAUGGGUUCGGAAUACACGUCUCUUUUUACUUAUUCGGAAUUUAUUGCUUGAUUUCGACAGUUUUGAUAUCUAUAUAUGUACCUGAGACUAAAGGAAAAACGCUAGAGGAAAUACAGAUGAUUUUGAAGAGGUAAUGAAAAUGUAACAAUGAUCUCAAUUUAGAUCAUUAUUCGUGUGGAAUUAAUUUAUGGACUUCUUGACAUUUGUACAGAAAUGACCCGAAUGUGAACGUUUAGCUUUGUAUCGAAGUGAUUGUGAUUUAUGAUAUUUUAUUAAUUUUCUAUUAAGGUUUUUGAAUAAAAAAUUUUU